CUGGGAUCGGAUGAUGAGACUGAAGGAAUUCACGGACAAGCUGAUCCUGAAGGACAUCGUCAUGCCGACUGAGAUCUUCGGGCAACCAAUCGCGGAGGACAUGCAGGUGUUUCACGGUGGGGACAUCGCCAGAAUUCGGGUGCUCAUGGAGUACGGGGGCAUCUUCCUCGAUAACGACUCGUACGUCGUUCGCAGCCUCAACCCCUUUCGCAAAUUUGAGUUCACCAUCGGUUGGGACGAGGGCCAGUUUCUUGGCACGCAGAUAAUCCUGGCGCACAAGCAGGCCCGCUUCCUGGACCUGUGGCUCCACACCUACGACGGCAACUACAAGGGAGAGGAGUGGUACUACAACGCGGGGGAGCUACCGACCAAAUCCGUGCUCUGGCGGCGCCCGGACCUCAUCCACCGGGUCAAGGUGCUCUUCGGGAACGACAUCAGGUUCCAGGGCAACCUCUUUCAGCGCUACUGGCCCGCCUGGCGGAAGCACCACUUCACGUUCCACCUCCUCAUCCGCCGCAAGCACCAGGCCGCCCUCCACAGCAUCAACCGCAAGGCCAAGUACCCGGUCGAGUUCGACGACGUCAACCUCCAGGACUACCCCAUCACCUUCCGCGAGAUGGCCAACGAGGUCCUCGACUUCGAGAAGGCACUCCUCAAGCACAGUGAUCUUCUCUAGAAGAAUGGUUCUAGACGCGACUCGUAACAUUCUGUGGUCUAACUUUCAUCCAUAGAGUACAUAGAGUCGUAAUGUAAGUGGGAGAGCUGGCGCCAUGUUCUGCUCAACUCGAUCGUUCCCAAAAAAGUACUUGAGCAAUUUUUGUCCAAAAUGUGUCUGA